AUGAAAGCGAAUUUCAGUGACACGUCAGCCAUGCCAAGUUAUUCGGUCAUGACCGUCAAUAUGAACGGGAGUGGAAAACCAUUUGAAAGAAGGGACCUGUCAUCGAAAAUCAUAAGAGCGAGCCAGCCGUCUUUGGUAUUUUGUCAGGAACUUCCAAACUGUUUCGAAAGAGAGGUGGUCCGAAAAUGUAAGGGUACGUGUGAUUACGAUUUCCUUUUCACUGAUAAAGAAACGGCAGUGAUGUGGAGUAAAAAUGAUUUUCGGGGCGAGCCUGUGGAUGCCGCGGUUAAAAGAAGAAGUUUUGACACAGUGGUUGCAUCACAGAACUUUAAUAGCGACGUGAGUGAGAUACCUGCGCGAACUUCAGUUGUUAAAUUAACAAGUAAAGGAGACGAAGCUUGUAGUGUCUUAGGAGUCUCUUGGCACGGGCCUCACUCCGCAACGGAACAAAAAAAACAGGAUGUCUUGAAAGGCCUCUCUCUCUUUUUGAAAGAGAUAUGUCGGAAGACGAAUGUAUCCUCAAUUAUUAUAGGAGGAGACUUCAACUUGAACACUUUAGACGAGAAUGGCUUACGAGAAUCGAACGUGUACUUUCCAAGUUAUAAGUUGAGCCCUCGAGGUGAACGUGCGAAAGAACGUAAGGGACCAGGACGUCGCUACAUCGCCUACAAGGAUAAUUUUGCCAUUAUAACCACUUCGCCUUCUGUGGUUCGCCCUGGAGACAUGAAAUUGUCGAAAGUGAAGCCCCUUUCAGAGGAAAAAGAUAUAUUGGACCACGACCCCAUCAUAGGCGUUCUUCAGCUUGAGAAAACUCCGUCAACU